GUUGAAAAGACGAAUAAGCGCAAACAUUCAACAUCCCAGCAUUGCGACCUACCCCCUGCGUAUAGUUUGAGGUAUGAAAUAAGCAUCUUUUUCUACCUAUCGUCGAGGCUGACUCUUCAAAUUCCGUCUGAUUCCAAGAACAAAGCAACUUAUCCGAGUCUGUUCUCAGUUGGAUGGCUGUCCUUGCAGAAACUAUAUAUGGUAAUGACCUCAGACAUAUUCACCAACGUUGGAAUCCUAUCGACCAUACCAGUCGCUUUCUCAUCAUCCUCUGCUGCUCACUCGAGCUCCACCGAGGAAUAGCACAAAAACAGAACAUUGAUACGACAUGGCACCGAUUCGCCCACACCACAAGACGAGAAGUGGCUGCAAAACGUGCAAGCAGCGCAAAGUCAAGUGCGACGAAGGGCUUCCUGUAUGCAAGAACUGCACCAGGAGAGGGAUGGAAUGCGCCUGGAAUAAUACUAGCACAACGCACGAAUCAACAGCAUUGGAACGAUCCACGGUCGCCAAAGAGUCAAGUUUUUUGAAAGAAGGUUCCCCCUUAACAGUAUCCAAGUGGACUGGCCCAGGUCCAUCCGACCUUUUGAAACUGGAAUUAAUGCACCACUACGCUACAUCAGCUUCUCAUUCACUCUCUUCAGAUCCCGACGCGUCGCGAGUCUGGAGAAACAUCGUUCCCAAAAUGGCCUUUGUCCCCCAAAAUCAGUGUCUCCUUCAUGCCAUUCUCGCUUUUUCCGCUCUUCACAUUCACCGUGUCGAUUCAACGUCCCCUUUCGUGGAACGGUAUGCCACAGCUGCAAGCUCUUUUUAUCACCAGGCGAAAUUUGACCUACACACGGCCGACAUGCAGGAGUCUGCAGACAUAAACGCAGUCCUUAUCGCACUGUCUCUCGUCGCACGAUAUGAAUUUGCUGCAUCAGCUGAAGUAUUCCCACGCUCUGGCGAUUGGUAUACCACCAUCCACGCAAUCCGCCGUAACAUUGCAAAGAACCGGACGCAGCUCCAGGACAAUGUUCUGCGUCUGUUCUUGUCUGCUUUGGCACCGUCUCUUCAACCCACGCAUGUGGAGGAACAGUUUCCAUUAUCCUUGUCUACAAUCCUGAGCACCACGGACCCGGUUCCAGACGUUGACGAGUUGUCCGACGUGUCGGUGCGCACUGCCUAUGAGGAUUCGAUAUAUUGGCUGGAGCUAGCAUGGACAGCCCCAUUCAAUAGAUGGAUGUGUGUAUGGUGGUAUAUGAUGCCCACUACGUUCUUUCGUUUAUUGGCAGAGGAGAGACCCCGUGCACUCAUCAUAUUGGCGCACUACUGUGCUAUGAUGAACCGCGUCGCUAAGGAUGGCCCGUGGUGGGUAAAGAAGCAAUGGGGUAAUGAGGUUGCGAGGAUCGUCUCUAUGCUUGACACACAAUGGGCACCAUGGUUAGGAUGGCUCUCGAGUCAGUUGGAUCAAGUGCAUGAUAGCCAGGCUGUUGAUUUUACAAGCGUAGAUUUUCUGAAUUGGUUCAAUGGGCCAUCAACGCAGGAGAUGGUUAUAGGACAGACUUUUCCUACUUUUCACCGUGCCACCGAAAGAUAGUAUUUCUGUAUAUAUAUACACCACAACUCUAUACCAUUUAGAAGAUGAAAAGGUCUCGUUACAAGAUAUGUAGAGGUCCUAAGCAUAUAUGUGUUCUC